AUGGCGUAUGAUGGCAAUAAGGCUGCCCUGGUUGGGUUGUUGUCUCUGUUUUUGGUUGCCUUGGUUAAUGGUGUAAAUGGCGCGGGAGAGGACCAUGGCUCCUCUAAUGCUGCCAUUAAGACUCUAUGUGAGCCCACUACUUACCGUGAAACUUGUGAAGAAGCCCUGGUAAAGUCUAAUGUUGACUCAAAGGACCCACGUGAGUUAAUCAAGGCAGGAUUCCAUUUUGCCAUUGAGCAACUCAAAGUGGCCCUGCAAAAUUCCCCCACUGUGAGAGCAGCCGCUACUGACCCCAUGGCGCAAAAAGCAGUUGAUACUUGCGACGAGUUAAUGGAUUAUGCAAUUGAUGAUCUUUUAGUUACGUUUGAUAAAAUGGCUAAUAGUUUUAGUGUACACCAAAUAAAUAAUUAUCUUGGGAACAUUAGGAUUUGGUUGAGCGGUGCAUUGACAUAUCAAGAAACUUGUUUGGAUGGUUUUGAGAAUGUUUCUGGCGAUACGGGUGAAAAGAUGAAGAAUUUGUUGAAGACAUCAAAAGAAAUGACCGCCAAUGGGCUUGUGAUGGUGGGUGAGAUUACAUCUCUUGUGAGCUCUUUGUGGCAGGCGCUAGGACUUUCAAAGGGGCGACAACUCCAAACAGAAGAAUCCAGUGAAGAAUUCCAAGACGAAGAGCCAUCUUGGGUCAAUGACAGGCGAGGGCUACUCGAAGCCACUGGAGCUAACAUCAAGGCGGAUGUGGUGGUGGCUAAAGACGGAAGUGGAAAGUACAAGACAAUAACUGAAGCCCUUCAAGAGGUCCCAAAGAAGAGCAAUACAACCUUUGUGAUUUAUGUGAAGGAAGGAGUUUAUGAAGAGCAAGUGAUGGUGGACAAAACAAUGACCUAUGUCAUGAUGAUUGGAGACGGCCCGACUAAGACCAAGAUCACAGCUAGCAAGAAUGUCGUUGAUGGAACACCCACAUUUAAAAGUGCUACCUUUGCGGCGGUCGGAACCAACUUCAUCGGAAAAGACUUGUGGUUCGAGAACUCAGCUGGACCUGAGAAACACCAAGCUGUGGCACUUCGAGUUCAAUCUGACAUGUCAAUCUUCUACAAUUGUAGAAUGGACGGCUAUCAGGAUACUCUCUACACCCAUGCACAUCGUCAAUUCUUUCGAGAUUGCACCAUCACUGGUACCGUUGAUUUCAUCUUUGGCAAUGCUGCUGUUGUGUUACAGAACUGUAAGAUAUUCGUGAGGAAGCCAAUGAAGGGUCAAACAUGCCUUGUCACCGCCCAAGGCCGAACCCAGAGAAAAGAACCCACCGGCAUUAUCCUCCAAAACUGCCAAAUCUCUUCCGACCCUGACUACUACCCUGUUCGCCAUACCAUUAAGUCCUUCCUUGGUCGCCCAUGGAAGCAGUAUUCUAGAACUGUGGUGAUGCAAUGCCAAAUCGACGAUUUGAUCCAGCCUGAAGGGUGGCUUGCAUGGGAGGGCACUUUUGCUCUCAAGACUUUGUUUUAUGCAGAGUUCGAUAACAGAGGACCUGGUGCAGCAACACAAAAUCGGGUGACGUGGAGGGGAAUUAAACAAAUUACAGCGGACCACGCCGUUAAAUUUGCCCCUGCAUUGUUUAUUGGUGGUAAUCGGUGGGUCAAACAGACCGGAAUUCCGUACAGUGGUGGGUUGAUGACAAUCUAAAAAUGUAGGGAAUAGAUUUUGUGGGCAUUUUUGUUUAAAAUUAUCAAUCUGUGGUUGAUUUUAAGAUU